GCACCUCCCUCUAUGCCCUGAGCACAGCGGUGCAUUUGAGUGACCAGGAGCUCAGUGCAAAGUCUGCGACACAGAAGCAGUUGGUAAACAGCCUUGUUGGUCUCCAGCCCUCAUUACAGAACUAAGUGGCAUAACAACAAAGACGCUUUUGUGCGAAAGAGCUUUGUAUUGGGUACGCCUGGAUCAAAAAACAAAAAAAAAAAGCAAUAAUUCCGGGAGAGGAAUGUAGAACGCGAAAACCGCUCUAGGAAUGCGGGUUCUGGGAGCCGAACAGGGCGCCGCGCGCGAAGUCGGGAUUCUUUCCGAAUCUUCGCUUCAGAAAUAGCUUUACUGUGGCAGAUCGUGUUUUGUGGCCGCGAGGGCCCUCGUGGGUAACAGACGAGCCCGUGGUGACAGGGAGGCUCGCGUGUUUGGUUUGGGCGGAAGGUUACGGCGGUGCCUGAGAUGUAGCCGAGCUCCGCUCGCGCGCUGCGAGGGAGGGCCUGGAAGAAGACGUACGCGCCGCCGGGGAGACCGGCGGAAAUGGCGGCCGUCAGUCAGCGGGGGAACGGCGAUGCGACGGACUCGUCGAACUCCGCACGCACGAGCUCUAGCUCGCUGCCGGCACGCGCUCUGAGCAAAAGGACUCUGCGCAGAGAGAAAAGGCUUGGCUCACACACUGAAGCGAACAGCAUGAACUUCCAGGCAAGAAGAGUCACCUUGCCGGCGAUUACUCCCCUCGUUCUUCAGACGCGGGUUAUAAAAGUAUACAAUGAGGACAACAGCAGUCGAGCGAUAGAAGUGCCCAGUGACAUCACAGCCCAGGACAUCUGCCAGCUGUUCAUUUUAAAGAACCACUGCAUUGAUGACCACAGCUGGACACUGUUUGAGCAGCACUCACACCUGGGCAUAGAAAGAACCAUAGAGGACCAUGAAUCAGUCAUGGAGGUGCAGUCAGGCUGGGGCAUGAACACUGAAAACAGGCUGUAUUUCAGGAAGAACUACGCCAAGUAUGAAUUCUUCAGGAAACCCUUGGACUUUUUCCCCGAGCACAUGGUGUCGUUAUCAAGUGAAACCAGUGAAACGAUGAACCACUCGCAACUUCUUCAGACGUUUCUGCACUCAAGCACGUGUCCAGAAAUUCAUGGGUACCUCCAUGCUAAAGAGCAGGGGAAGAAAUUCUGGAAGAAGUCCUACUUCGUUUUGCGGAGGUCUGGACUCUACGUUUCAAACAAGGGGGAGUCAAAGGAACCAAGACAUCUACAGUUUGUGGCUGAAUUCAGUGACAGUGACGUCUACACUUUACUAUCAGCCAGAAAGAUGUAUGGAGCACCAACAGACUAUGGGUUUUGCAUUAAGCCCAGCAAAUCAAGCUCCCCCAGGGACCUGAAGCUACUGUGCGCAGAUGAGGAGCACAUCCGGACCAGCUGGGUGACCGCCAUGCGGCUCUUUAAGUACGGGAUGCAGCUGUACCAGAACUUCAUCCAGCCUAAUCAGAAGCAGAGAGCCUCUCCAAUGAGGAGCAUCUCGGAGAGCUCCCUCGUCGCCAUGGACUUCUCUGGGCACAGGGGCCGGGUGAUUGAGAACCCCACGGAGGUGCUGUCCGUGGCUGUGGAAGAGGGGCUGUCCUGGAGGAGGAAAAGCUGCCACCGCCUGAGUUCCCACGGAAGUCCCUCCUCUUCACACAGCUCCGUGUCUAACUUAGCAAUACACACAACUCAGCCCUGGUUCCACGGCAGACUGUCACGGGACGAGGCCCAGCGGAUGGUGACAGAACAAGGUCUUAUUGACGGGGUUUUCCUUCUGAGAGACAGUCAAAGCGACCCCAAGACAUUUGUCCUGUCACUGUGCCAUGCCCAGAGAAUCAAACAUUUUCGGAUCUUACCUGUGGAGGAUGAGGGAGAGCUGUUCUUCAGCCUGGACGAUGGCCACACGCGCUUCUGUGACUUGAUCCAGCUGGUGGAGUUCUACCAGCUCAACCGGAGCGUGCUGCCCUGCAGACUGAAGCACUGCUGCUCCAGGAUCGCCCUGUGAGGCAGGAGU